AACCAGCAGGCAGAUAAACCCGCGCUAAAAAUGAUUGAUUGGGACUACUGGCUGGUGAAAUGGCGAGUGGAGUUUUUGGCGAGGGAAUGGAACUUUGUGGACAUAGCCACUUUCACAAGCCUGGCCUUUCUGCAUUUCCUUUCUCUCCUUGCGCCAUUUUACUUCACAUGCACUGCGUUUUGGUUGGCCACUGGACUAUACUUUAUCUCAGGUAUCGGAGUAACCGUUUCGUUCCAUAGGAAUCUCUCUCACAGAAGCUUCAAGCUUCCUAGAUGGCUCGAGUACUUCUUUGCCUAUUGUGGGGUUCUGUCACUACAGAGAAGUCCACUUGAUUGGGUGAGCGUACACAGAUCCCAUCAUCAAUUUACAGACACAGUGAAAGACCCCCAUAGCCCAGUUAAAGGAUUUUGGUUCAGUCAUAUUGGUUGGGCGCUUGAUUACCGUGGUCGAAAUGGAAGUUAUGACGCACGACUUAAGAAUGUUAACGACUUGAAGAGACAACCAUACUACAUAUUUCUCCAUUAUACAUACCCACUUCAUUAUACUGCUCUCGGAGUUCUGUUGUAUUUAGUUGGAGGAAUGCCCUUUUUGGUUUGGGGAAUGGGUGUGAGAACGGUACUUUAUCUCCAUGCUACAUUUGCACUAAAUUCAAUUUGCCAUACAUGGGGACAUCAAGCAUGGGAAACUGGUGAUUUAUCUAGAAACAACUGGUUGAUUGCAUUGCUGGCACAUGGAGAAGGUUGGCAUAAUAAUCACCAUGCUUUUCAGCAUUCAGCUCGCCACGGCUUGGAAUGGUGGCAAAUUGAUGUUACUUGGUAUGUCAUAAGAUUUCUUGAACUUGUGGGUUUGGCAACAGAAGUUAAGCUUCCAACUGAGACUCAGAAGAAACAAAGAGCUUUCAGCAGCAGAAUGAUCCAUGAAGGAAAACAGCAGCAGCUUGAUGCAAAAGACGUCCAAAUUGGCAAGCUUUAA